GUGUACUGCAGGCUAGAGGAGAAACUGAAGCGGCUCACUGCUUGCCCGCUGUUAGCAUUGCUGUCUUAUAUUACAUUUUACUCCAGAAUAAUCAUGGAUAACCAUGUUUUUUAUUUGUUGUGUGUUGGCUGUGUGUCCCCCUGGCGGGCGUCGCGGGAAGCCCCUGCUAGAGGUGGUACCUCAUCAGCUGAUCCGUGUCGUCUGCUGUUCAGUAGACUGGCAGCAGUGGUACGGUUUGGAAGAGACGCGGGAGGAGCUUGAGGAAUUCCAGAGCGGGAGCCGGGAGCUGGAGGCUGAGCUAGAGGCCCAGCUGGAGCAGACAGAGACCCGCUGCUCAGAGUACCAGUCACAACUCAAUCGCCUUGCCCUCGAGAACGACUCCCUUAAGGUGAGUGUUGAUAAAAUAGUGCUUGCCGAGGAUGCAGUCUAACUGGUAAAGUAGCGUUGAUUUGGUCUACCUUUUAUGUUCUUCAGUCAGCUCUGAACUAGACUGUCUUAAAAUUUUCGUGUACAACGUGAGGUAAUCCCGUGAUGUCAAAUAGAAUUUCCAGAUCUUGUUCAGGAACAUUGGUGGUAUAAUUUAUUACCUUUACGUCACUGUACCACCUUGGUGUUACUGUCAUCGUUUAGCACUCUGCUUUACCAGAGAACUGCCGAAGGAACAGUUAUUUAAGAGAUAGGAUAAAAAAAAAAGGCACGCAAAAGCUAUAUUCAGUUUUCUAGUAUUGGCCUACUUAAAAGAUGACAGUUGAACGAAAGAAUCAGUCUCAUUCUCCUGUCCUCUUUUGCCUCUUCCCUGCAAAUUGUGUAUAUGAUAUUGACAUCCCAUAAACUGGAAAUGAAGUUGCAGCAUGUCCAGGCACUCUUUGUCGAGGCUGGAUUCCUGGAGCUCCAUAUGUAUAAAAUUACCUCAGUCUUCCACUCUUCAGUAUUAUAAUCUAUUAAAUAGUGCUCAUUGCUGGUGUCUUGAGCUUGUACCCGUGUAGCCAACACUUCAAGGCUGUUGACAGGGCAGUGGAGUAGCGACUAAUUUAUUAGCUGGGUUAGGUUAUGGUAAACAAAAAGCGUAUAUUUGACCAUAUAUGAGGAAAUAUAUCUAAACGGCUGUGACACGUCUAGCAACGUGGGUUCGGUAGCAUUUUACGUUUGGGCAACCCGCUGCCGGCCCAGUAAUAUCGGCCUUUAAUGUUAAUAAUGAACUUUGAUUUAGCUGAGAUCCCAGAGGCCCUAAAACUACAGUACAAUAGCUCCACUUGACAAAGGCGCAGCAGAAUAAUGUCAAAAAUAAAGGCCAAACCUUAAUCCAGUAAAUUCUAACAGUCUUGUGGUAAGGUGAGAGUUUCACAACAGUCUCGCAACUAUAAAUAAUGUCACAAAAAUUCCGGAUUCGAAAAAACUUAAAUACAUAUAAACGUAUUUUCCGAAGUUGUUAGUUGUAACCGUAGUGACAGGUCAUAAAAUUAGGUAAAGAGAAGAAACUGAUGAAGUAGGGAAUUAAUUUUCACAUUUCUUGCAGACUAUUUAGAGUGGCAGUAUAUCAUUGUCCAAGCUGAUGAUGACACUACUUAGCUCAGUCGUGCAAGGCAAUGCCUCUACUAUCUCAGAGGCAAACUUAAGAUAAAAGACGCAAAUUCGUUAAAAAAUAUACCGUAAUGUAAAUGAAGACUCGAGAGAAUGUACAAACUAAUGGCAUGAAGUGAUUCAGGAGUAUAGAAAGUGUUUUUACUUUAUGGAAGGAUCUAUUGGGAUUAUUUGAUGCGUUCUUAAACCGCUCAAUAAUUGGGUCUUACUAUCAACAUUGAAGUUCAGUGGGAAGCAGUCAAUGGUAUGUGUGCUUGAGUGAAGGUUGCAAGGAGAGAUCACCUGAAUAUACUCUUCGCAUCCGUUGGUACAGCUCCUGUGGCUGCCUUAACCACAACAACCACGCAGUAAUUGCUUAAUUCCGCUCUGGGCUCACGUUGCUGCUUUACUAGCAUACUCCUGCUGCUUUACUACUAGCAUACUCCUGCUUUACUACUAGCAUACUCCUGCUUUACUACUAGCAUACUCCUGCUGCUUUACUACUAGCAUACUCCUGCUGCUUUACUACUAGCAUACUCCUGCUGCUUUACUACUAGCAUACUCCUGCUGCUUUACUACUAGCAUACUCCUGCUGCUUUACUACUAGCAUACUCCUGCUGCUUUACUAGCAUAUUCCUGCUGCUGCUGCUGUUGCUAACUUGUCCAGUCAGUAGCUGGAGACCCUUGUGUAACCAACACAUC